AUCAGUACUAUAGAUAUUGUGGGAAACAAGUUCUUCUACAAUGAUACAGGAGAACAAUUCUUCCUCAAGGGCAUUGCCUAUCAAAGAUCCAGAAGAGAAGGGGAGGACUUUGAUAGAAGUAAAGAAGUUCCCUACAUUGACUCUUUAGCCAAUAUUACUACUUGUUUAAGGGAUUUGCCUCUUUUAGUUGAACUUGGCGUCAACGUUAUCAGAGUUUACCAGAUUGAUCCAAAUGCUGACCACGACAUUUGUAUGAAUGCUUUGGCAAGUAAGGGAAUCUACGUCUUGGCUGAUAUGGCAGAAUCUGAAAUGUCUAUUGUCAGAAACAACCCAAAUUGGGAUACUACUCUCUAUACACGUUAUACUUCUGUUGUCGAUGCUUUGCACAAAUACAACAACUUGUUGGGAUUGAUUGCUGGUAACGAAGUCACCAACACAAAGUACAAUACCGAUGCUUCUCCCUUUGUGAGAGCUGCAAUCAGGGAUGUCAGGAAGUACAUUAAGAACAGCGGCUACAGAAAGAUUCCUCUUGGUUAUGCUUCUAACGACGAUCCCGAGAUUAGAAAACUGCUUUCCAAUUACUUUGUCUGUGAAGACCCAGCUACGAGAUGUAGCACUGCUGACUUUUUUGGGCUUAACACUUAUGAAUGGUGUGGCUACUCCACUUACGCCACUUCUGGCUAUCGUGAUCUCACCAUUGAAUAUUCCAAGUUUCCAGUUCCAAUUUUCUUUAGUGAGUUCGGCUGUAAUGCUGUGUCUCCGCGUCCCUUUACAGAAGUUGAAGCUCUCUACGGAAGUACAAUGGCAAAGGUAUGGUCUGGAGGAAUUGUUUAUGAAUACUUUCAAGAAGUUAACAACUACGGUGUGGUCAAGGAAAAUGAUGAUGGUUCAGUUGCCAAAUUGGAAGACUUUGAGUUUCUUAAGCAGAGAUAUAAUAGUGUGAUUCCUCAAGGCAUAACCGCUGCUGAAGAAUCGGCAAGAGAAAUUCCAAAACUCAAUUGUCUGGGACAAAAUGACAUUUGGAAAGCAAACACCAGUCUUCCUCUAAUACCCAGUAGUGGCAAGUGUGAUUGUAUCUAUGAACUGUUCAAGUGUACCGCUAAUCCUGCCAAUCUUGACAACGACUUGUUGAAGGAGAUAUGUUCCAAUAUUGACUGCUCUGAAAUUAGUGCCAAUGGAACUACAGGCGUCUAUGGUCCUUAUUCUGAUUGCCUGCUCCAACAGAAACUUUCCUAUGUUUUGAACAAACAAUACAUUGAAGGAGGAAACAAGACAGAAUUGUGCGAUUAUGAUGGAAAA